CCACAGUGCAGAGCAGAGGGCGGGAGAGCUGGGAGGAAAGAGGAGCAGAUCCCCAACCAUGAGUUCGAGCCAGCCAGGGACCUGCUCAUGUCGGGGUGCUGCAGGCCGCCCGGCCAUUCUGUACGCACUUCUGAGCCCUAGCCUCAGGGCCAGGCCCUCUGUGCCCCCAGCCCGUAGUCAUUGCCUGUGCAGGCAGCACCGGCCUGUCCGGCUGUGUGCUCCCCAUCGCACCUGCCGGGAAGCCUUGGAUGUUCUGGCCAGAACAGUGGUCUUCCUCAGGAACCUGCCGUCCUUCUGCCAGCUGCCCCCCCAGGACCAGCAGCGGCUGCUGCGGGGCUGCUGGGGCCCCCUCUUCCUGCUGGGGUUGGCCCAAGACACUGUGACUUUCGAGGUGGCCGAGGCACCAGUUCCCAGCAUACUCAAGAAGAUCUUGCUGGAGGAGCCCAGCAGCAGCUCAGGCAGCGGCCAGCUGCCAGAUCGACCCCAGCCCUCGCUGGCUGCGGUACAGUGGCUUCAGUGCUGCCUGGAGUCCUUCUGGAGCCUGCAGCUGGGCCCCAAGGAAUAUGCCUACCUGAAAGAGACCAUCCUCUUCAAUCCUGGUGUGCCGGGCCUCCACGCCUCCUCCCACGUUGGACACCUGCAGCAAAAGGCUCAUCAUGCUCUGUGCAAGGCCCUGGAGACCUGGUGCCCAGCAGGCCAGGGCCGCUUGGCCCGUGUCCUCCUCACAGCCUCCACCCUCAAGUCCAUUCCGCCCAGCCUGCUUGGGGACCUCUUCUUUCGCCCUAUUGUUGGAGACACUGACAUCGCUGGCCUCCUCGAGGACAUGCUUUUGCUGAGCCAACCUGUUCCAGCCCAGGCAGAGAUCAAGUGUAGGUUGGGCGGAGGCUGGCAGCGCUGAUUUGGCCCAGCUGUUCCCGGGGGUGGCCUAAUGCUCCCAGAGGAGGCAAGUCUGUAUAGGCAGCGCUUCUGGAGUAAUCUGGUCCUCGCCCAACAAGAUGGGCUCUGGGGCUCCGCACUCACCACACCUGUCCCCUUGGCCGUCCUUGGUUUGACAUGGUGCUCCAGCUCUCUGGCCAUCCCUUAGUGAUUCCUAGAGCCUCUGGGCCAAGAUUCCUGUCCCCUCCCGAGGUGGUGAUGGAAGCUUAGAUGACCCGUUGGGCCAAGAGUCCUAAUGACUUUGUACAGAACUUAUCUAAGUUAUUGGUUUUUGUAAUAAAAGGCAUGACACCCUUGGA